AUGAACGAUCAGAUGUCUCAUCUGGCAAUCUCCUUCGUUUACAGGGACUUUCUGGACGAUAAACGGGUGUACAUAUUGGACAUGUAUAACCGAGAGAUUUACCCGCGUGACGGGCCGGCAAAGAAGGCCAUUAGCCGAGCGGUGGAGCUGAGAAGCGGCACUGGUGACCAGGAAUACCUGCGACUACUAGAAAUGAAUCUGAAGGCGGCGUUCAGCGAGUUCGAGCCCGAUCUAGUUGUGUACAACGCCGGUACGGACGUCCUGCAAGGGGAUCCGCUGGGCCGUUUGGACGUCACGGAAGAGGGCGUGGUGGCACGUGACGAGAUGGUGUUCCAGCACGCGCGGAGCCGGAGCAUACCCAUCAUGAUGGUGACGUCAGGUGGAUACCAGCGGAGCAACGCGCGCGUAAUUGCUGACUCGGUAGCAAACCUGGCCGCGAAGGGACUGAUCUCCCUAAAAGCCGGAAAGGUAGCCGGCAAACUAUAG